AUGCAACAUACAUGUUCGCGAACAUGCCAACAUGUAGAUGAGACAAACGUUGGACAAUGGAAUUUAUAUACGAAAAUAGACAAAUAUAAUCUACAAUGUUACAAUGAGAAACAUGACGGAUCGGCCAAAGAGAUAUUUCGUGCAUGGGAUGAAAGACUUGAUCGAUCAAAAGUAGUCGAAAGUGAUGAUGAUCCGGAAUUGCUCUUUAGCAUACCAUUUCAUGGUGCUGUGAAAAUCACGGGCAUCUGUAUCAUUGGCGAGAACGAUCCGUCGCAUCCAAAUACAGUGAAACUAUGGAGUAACUCACCUGGACUACGAUUUGACAGUGCACAUGGUAAAGCUCACCAAGAGAUUGCGCUCACCUAUGAUCCAUCGGGAACAUUGGCAUAUCAAGUCAAUCCAACACAUUUCUCGCGUGUAACACAUCUCUCUCUGUAUUUCCCAUCGAAUUUCGGUGAUGAAACAACACGUAUAUAUUAUAUUGGUCUUCGUGGCGAGUAUCUCGGUGAGGUACAAUCCAAAGUCGUAAUUACAACUUAUGAAGCACGACCUCAAUUGAAAGAUCAUAAAGUAGACGAUUUACUCACCGGCAGUCGCGAAAUACAGUAG